UCCUUUAAUACCUAAAUAUUUUUCAACUUUCAUUGAUGAAAAAUUAAGGAAAGGAAAACAUACAUACCUUAAAAAUGAUCCCGAAGCUGAUAUUGACAAAGUUAUACACAUGAUAAAAUGUCAUAGUAAUAAAGCCACAUUUGAACGUUCUUAUCAAAUUCAUCUUUCCAAUAGAUUACUUCAUUUCAAGUCUGUCAACAUGGACAAUGAGAAUAAAAUGAUCUCCAAACUUGAUAAUGCAUAUGGCAAUGGUGGUUUGUUAUUCCUAUCAAAAUUAAAGGGUAUGAUGAAGGAUAAGUUUGUACUAUCUAAAAUUAUCAUGAAUACCUAUAAAGAAUAUGUUUAUGUUAACAAAUGUAUUUUAGGUGUUACAACGCCUUUUGCUUUUGAUCUUGAUGUACAUGUAAUUACUCCAAUAAAUUGGCCAGUUGAUCCAAAACCAAUGCAAAUGCCGUCAUUUGGAAUGAGUGUUUUUAAUGAAUUCAAUACGUAA